AUGACCGCCUGUGUGCCCGCGUGGCGGGUGGAUACUGAGAUUUGGACCGAAGUCUCAAAUGGGCAACCCAUGCGCAAUACCCGGAGUCGGUCUCUGGGAAACCUGGAGUGGACACUACAGGUAUACUACGAGAAUGGCGCCGUUAAUGGGAGGCCGCUGGUGUUGAGCUUUGAGCUGAUGAUGCGCCGACGAGCGACCGGCAUAGACGCGGACAUUAUGUUCGAUAGCGAGAUGCUCAAUAAUGUGUGCUCAGGUCUUAUAAUGUAUGCAGUGGUUUCGAGGAUGACCCUAUCGCACUUUGCUGGAUCUAGCCAUGAAAGAUGA